AUGACGCUGGCGCGCUGUGCAAGCUUGGGGCAUCUCGCUCCAGCGACAUUCAUUGCGGGGUUCGGUCAAUCCAGCCUGAUACCGAUUUCAUCCUUUAAUCAACUCCGACAUACCCGCAGCAUAUCUUUGCUAUCAUACGAAGAAGUCUCAGCUGGGUCACCCACGCCCGAGCACCCGGUUGCCUGCCCCAGUAGGACCCUGCUAGUGCUCCACGGCCUAUUGGGCUGCGGUCGCAACUGGCGAAGUUGGAGCCGACGUCUGGUAGAGGCUGCUGCCGCCAGCCACCCACCCGAGGGAGGGCCUUGGCGGGCAUUGCUGCUGGACAUGCGCUGCCAUGGCGGAAGUGCACAACGACCCGGUCUGCACCCUCCCAACAACAUGCUGUCCGCCGCGGAGGACGUGUCCCGGCUUGUACGACAUCUGCUGGGAUCUCAUGCGCCAGGGGCAGUACUGGGGCAUUCCCUGGGGGGGAAGGUGGCGCUGGCGCUGGUACACCAAGCAGCAGCAGCAGCAGCAGCCGCGGCUGCACGCAGCGCAGCUGAUGCCGCUGCCGCGGCGCCGACGGCGCCGGCAUCGCCGCAUGCGCCGUCAGCAGCAAGGGCGGCAGCACUUGCGGCGGCAACGGCCGGCGCCCCGCAGGGGACAGCGGCGGCAGCCAUAGCGGCGGCGACGGCGGCGACAGGCGAAUGGUGCGCCUUGCCGCGACAGCUGUGGAUACUCGACUCCCAGCCAGGUCUGGUGCCGGCGGAUCUUGACGCCGGCACGGGCAUCUCCAAGGUGCUGAACACCGUGCACUCUGUACCGUUGCCCAUACCUGCCAGGACCUGGCUGCUUCGCUACCUGCGGGAGCGAGGCCUCAGCGACGCGCUGUCACAAUGGCUGGCGAGCAACCUGGUGCCGCUGCGGGGGGCGGCGGCUGCAGCUGCUGCUGCUGCACCUUGGCAUACGACGGUGGCGGGAGUAUCUGCAGUGGCAGCCGCUGCAGCCGCUGCAGCCCCGGCUGCUACUGCUACUGCGGCCGCGGCUUCAUGCCUUCGUGGCAGUUUCCAGCACCACGUGCUAGACCGUGCGGGUCACUGGCUCCAUGUGGAUAACCCCGACGGACUGUUGAAACUGGUUUUGCCGAGAUUGGCAGGGCUGUAG